CAUGCAUCUCCGGGGCGUAAUGAAGCGAAGCUCAGCCAAAAAGGCGUAAUGCACGGAGAAGGGGGGUAAUCUCGCAUCCAAUCUGAUGUCUCAGCUGCUAAAGUCUCUCCGGUCUCUGGAGGGGUGGGCUACACGUGCUUAUUUUCCCAGACACUUUCCAUCCGUGGCGCGUCUCCGGCUUUGAACGCACUUGGGCUGCGGACACCGGUGGCUACUGACACACUCCCACACACGCACACACACCCUCUCUCAUUCACACAGCUUUGCAAAUGCACAGCCCGGGACUGGACUGGCCGGAGGAAUACAGCAUCUGACUGAAAGCGCUGAUGCGUGGAGGAUGUAGAGCCGGAGGUGGGGGCAGGAUGGAGUGCUCCUGGAAGACAGUGUUGCUGCUGGUGUGCGCGUCUCUCGGGGUCCAGUACACGGCUAUCCGGACCCUGAGGGACUCGAUGUCUGGACCUUGUCAGAGAGCCUACCGCUGCAGGAGCAGAUACCACAGAGACUCCAGAUGGGCUGCCUUGUGUGAUGACAGCUGGAUGCCCGUCGAGUUGCCUCAGAAGCAUAUACUGCUUUUUGCGACAACCCGCAGCGGCUCCUCGUUCACCGGACAGCUGCUCAACCAGCAUCCCGGGAUCUUCUAUGUCUUUGAGCCCCUUUACCACGUCCAGCAGGCCUUCACCAACUCCAGCAGCAGGUUGCGUCGAACUUUAGACCGCCGGGCCUUGCUUGGAGCCUAUAGAGACCUCCUCUUAAACCUGUACACCUGCGACCUUCACUUCAUGGAGAACUACAUCCGCCCUGAAGCCCAGGAUCACAUCACAAACUCCUUUUUCCGACGGAGCUCAAGCCAUGCUCUCUGUUCUCCCCCAGUUUGUUUGGAAGGGGCAAUUGCUGCAAUGUCCGAUUCACCUGAUGAAAUUUGGUGUCCUAAGAAGUGCGGGGCUCUGAACCUCACUCUAGCCGCCAUGUCAUGUAUGUCAAGAGGACGUGUAGCCAUAAAAACCGUGAGGAUUCCCGAGGUGGGAGACCUGCGGACUCUGACAGAAGAUCCGCGUCUGGACCUGAAGAUCAUCCAUCUGGUGAGAGACCCCAGAGCCAUCCUCGCUUCCCGCAUCAUGGCGUUCUCUGACCAGUUUCGCGCUUGGAAAAUAUGGAACGCCACUGGACGCCAGCCUCGAUACGUGGACCUCUCGCAGAUCACCAGCACCUGUAAGGACAUGUCUGCCUCUGCAGAAACGGGCCUGCAGAGACCACCGUGGCUGCGAGGACGAUACAUGCUGGUGCGGUACGAGGACUUGGCUCUUCACCCAAAUGCCGGGGCGACUGCAAUUUACAGGUUCGUGGGUCUGGAGAUGGAAGACAGGGUGAGGAUGUGGAUAUUGAAAAACACCAACAGCAAUGUGUCGGCUCCCUCUGAGUGGAAUUACAAAUACUCCACCACGAGAGACUCCAGAGCCACGGCAGAAAGUUGGAGGCUUCGUCUCAGCUUUGACAUUGUGAGAACUAUUCAGAAUCUUUGUAGUGACACGUUGGCUCUGCUCGGGUACAAGCAGGUUCAUUCUGCUGCCGAACUCAGAAACUUGUCACAAAGUUUAGUGGAGCACAGAACGUUUCAGCCUGUCACAUGAUGAUGCAAGAAAUCUACAUCAUCAUUUAGAAAACGUCUCUAUGCUCAGAUUUCGGUCUGUCAAGAUGCGGAUGAAAUGAAUGUAACUUAUUUGAAUCCUGACUGAUGCCUAAAAUACUUUGCUAUAGUUGGUAGGUUUUUGUUAAAUAUGUCAAAAGUGCCAUUUUUUUUACAUGAAGAAAACUGAGAAACAGAAUGAUGCACUAAUGGUGCUACUGCUUCUGCUGUAUACCUGUAACACUUAGGCAUUGACCCGGGGGCUCAGUCAAGGCUUUUUAAAAUAAUUAGCAUCUCUCAAGAUGCAUCCCCAGUGUUGGUUUGUGAUGAAAAAUCAGACAGAGUCCAGCCAGUGCAGAGCUCUAAAUUUUUCAUUUAUGCAGUUCUUCAGACAUUGCACUACAAUUCACAGCCUGACAGGCAUUCGAAAAAACAGGAGAGAACGUAAAAUUUAGAUUUAAGGUUAUUUUUUUAAUCAAUAUGUUUCCUCAGACUAAAAGUAACAUCAAUAUGUUGUAGUCAAACAUGAAAUCAAAAAUAUGAUGGGGAAUAAUUUUCCAAUUGCAAAGAUUUGGCAAAAGAUAAAUGGUCCAACUUUGUAUAAGAAGGAGUAUAUCGAUAUACUGCCAAUAAAUCUAUCCAAUUGAUAAUUGAGGAUGCAGACAGUUUUUGCCAUGUCAGUUUUUGCUCAAAUGUAAAUUAAAACUGAUCAUUUGUGGGGGGGGUUUGUUUACUCCUCUUUUUGUUAGUCAGAAGAUACCUGUGUUAAUGCUGAUUCAAAACAAGCUUUUUAAUUGAAUGACUAAAUGGUUAUGAAUAAUUCAAGCUUAGCUGUAAGUGUUUCUCUCUUUUAAAAUACCUUAAAAAAAUCUGCAGCUGUAUUGGCUUUUGCAGUUUCUCAUCUGUCUUUGACAUUUGACCUUCUCCGCACUGUGCAAAGCAGAGAACAGCUUGAACUCUGAUCGUCAAAUUUUAGGACGUUUGACUUUUAUUUAACUUUUAUUAAUCACAACAACUUAUCUUAUAGUUUUCUCAGCUGCACACUAACAACUUUUAGCAUACCAAAAUAUUAAACAGAAUGGACAUGCUAAUGCUAGGCUAGCCUAGCACUCAAGGUUGUGCUUUGGUCCAGAUUUAUUUUUAAAAACAAAUGUUUAAUCUACAUGAUUACUUAGGGAGAGCUAUUGAGAGAACAAUACGUUUGCUUUCUUAAACUAGCUAUGAGCUAAAGGAGGGUCUGAAAGCAUCCAGCAGAAUGUCCACUUGAGACAAAAUAUCUAUCCCUGCCAAGAAACAUUAUGCUUUACUGUCCUUAACAUCAUUAGUAGGUGAGUUAAUAUUGAUGGUACAAAAACGUAUUUCAUGCAUGCAGAUUGCCUCAGUUGUAAUGUAGUUAUUGAAUUAUGACUCAGUAGCAGAAUCUGGCAUGACGGAGACCAGAGUUAGGGAUAAAUAAUGUAGAAUCGGCGGAAUGGAGUAGUAAUGGAAUGGAGUGGCAAUGUAAUCACAAUGCACUGUAAGCUAUGUAAUGUGUUUUGAGGCAGUUGACCAAAAUCCCGGACGAUUUUGAAAUUCCCCCCGGACAUUUUUUUAGGUCUGAAAAGUAGGACAUGUCCGGGAAAAAGAAGACGUCUGGUCACCCUACAUUAGUUCAACUAGCUUUCUGUCAAGGUGGCUCAUUGUUUGCUCACCAUUAUGUUGAGAGUCCACCUGUCCUGCGAACCAACUUAAAGGAACAGGGAAUGAUAGCAAUGUCUUCCUGUAAUGUCAGAGGCUAAUUAUUCAAAAACAUACCCUGCAGACCUUUUGAACAUUUUAGACAAAGGAGAUAUGUUGUAAAAACCCAAGUAGUCUGUGACAUUUCCUUUGAAAACCUUGCAGACAUUUUACAGCUGGCUCCCAAUGUAAACGUCUAGUUGGCCAGGAGAAGCAAAUGUUCAAAUGCAAAUCGUCCAAAGCAAAAGGUUAUGAAGGCUGGUGAAUGUAGCUCCUUCCUUCUCUUUUCUUUUAUGUUCCUUUCAUUCAAUAUUUUAGGUGCUUUCAGAUAACUGCAGUAUCAUUUUUUAGCAGAACAAGGAGCGUCAUCUCCCUUUACGGUGUGUUGAAAAUAAAACACAGCAAUUUCCACACCAUUAUGUCUUCCCUCCUGAGCUGAAGUCAGUUGCUCUCCCUCAUCCCUUCACCUUCAUUUCCAGCGAUAUGAAAUGCCUCUGCAGCACAUAAAAAAAUCCCCCGUCGUGAGGUAUGUGUAAACACCAUCUGCAAAAGAAAUUCAGCCUGAACUGUCCACAAAGGUUUUUAACCAUCUCGAGUGUUUUGUUUUGUUUUGUUUUGUUUUUUGUAACAACAGGCUCUGUCUGACAAUUUAAAAAAAAUACAGAAAUGGCAUAAAAGUCAGAAAAUUUUUGUUUUACAAGAUGAAAACGUUCUAUCCCUGAGAAGGGGGAUGUAAGAUCUCAGAACUGAGCUUGCCAGAUUUAAAGCAUCACCAUGAACAAAUAACCACUGAAUAGAUAUUGAAAAUUCUGCUUUCUGUGAAAACUGAAUGGUGAAAAAAUGUUAACAAAGACACAUCAACUGUUGUUUUUGAGUUUGUUGGAGGUUGUUCAAAUGGAAUUACAAAGAAUUAAAAAGCCCAACUUUACGUUUCUAUUGAGAGCAUGUGAAUAAAUCUGUUUUGUCUUCACUAUCAAUAGUAAUUUCAACUUUGUUUAAGGCUGUAAGAGUGCCAAAGUUAUGUGCUGAACAUGUUUA